AAAACACCAGCCAGUGUGAAACAUUAUCCAAUGCAUCUGCAUCCUCUAGCUAGCUGUUUAACAGCAUUUGCAUUACAUGUGUGGUGUCAGUAUAUAAGGGGAUGUUUAUGAGAGAGUGAGCUAGAGAUAGAGGGAGGGAGGAGCGAGAGAGAGAGAAAGACCGAGAGUAGGAGAUCUAGAAAGUGUUAGGGUCUACAUAAAUUCCUUAGCAAAAAGGGGAAAUCUAAUUUUGUCUAGACUCUUAGUCAACAACCGACACACUUGUAGGAGGCUAUCAUAUCUGCCUGCAGACAACCAGUGGAUAUCAGUUCUCCUGUCCAUCGUGUGUGCGUGUGUGUGUACCAUCAUGCCAUCCUACACAGUGACGGUGGCUACAGGAAGCCAGUGGUUUGCAGGGACUGAUGACUACAUAUACAUCACCCUGGUGGGAACAGAGGGAUGCAGUGAGAGGACUUUACUGGACAAACCAUUCUACAACGACUUCGAGAGAGGGGCGGUGGACUCGUAUGAUGUGACGGUGGGGGAGAACCUGGGAGAGUUGGAGCUGGUGAAGAUAGAGAAGAAGAAGUACUGGGUUCAUGAUGACUGGUACUGUAAGUACAUCACAGUGAAGACCCCCUCUGGAGACUACGUAGAGUUCCCCUGCUUCCACUGGCUGGUGGACGACAAGGAGGUGGUCCUCAGGGACGGAAAAGCACUGCUGCCAAAGGAUGACAAGACCAGACUGGUGAAGCAACACCGACACAAAGAGCUGGAGAGCAGACGGAAAACCUACAGAUGGAGGGAGUGGCAGCCUGGAAUUCCUAUGAGUAUAGAUGCCAACACUCACAAGGAGCUUCCCAGAGACAUCCAGUUUGACAGCGAGAAAGGAGUGGACUUCAUACUCAACUACAGUAAGGCGAUAGAGAACCUCUGUGUGAACCAGUUCAUGCACAUGUUCCAGUCCUCCUGGAAUGACUUUGCUGACUUUGAGCGGAUCUUCGUCAGGAUCAAAAACACCAUCUCAGAGUAUGUAAUGCAGCACUGGAAAGAAGACUUUAUGUUCGGCUACCAGUACCUGAACGGCUGUAACCCAGUGAUGAUCCAGAAGUGCACCAAGCUGCCAGAGAAGUUCCCCGUUACACAUGACAUGGUGGCAGAUUGUCUGGAGAGAGAGAUGACUCUGGAGGAGGAGAUUGAGGCUGGUAACAUCUACAUAGCAGACUAUGAGUUGAUGGAAGACAUCAGUCCCAACAGUACAGACCCCUGUACUCUACAGUACCUGGCUGCUCCUAUCUGUCUGCUGUACAACAACAGCCAGAGCAAGAUCCUGCCUCUGGCCAUACAGCUGGGUCAGACUCCAGGGAAGGACAACCCUAUCUUCCUGCCCAGUGAUGGUCAGUAUGACUGGAUGCUAGCUAAGAUCUGGGUCCGCUCCUCUGAUUUCCACAUCCACCAGACAGUCACACACCUGCUGAGGACUCACCUGGUCUCUGAGGUGUUUGGAGUGGCCAUGUUCAGACAGCUGCCUGCAGUACACCCUGCUUAUAAGUUGCUCCUUCCUCACAUUCGUUUCACCAUCGCCAUCAACACCAAGGCCAGAGAGCAGCUCAUCUGUGAGUUUGGCAUCUUCGAUAAGGCCAAUGGUACAGGAGGUGGAGGACAUGUAGAGAUGAUCCAGAAGGCUAUGAGGUCACUGACCUUCAGGUCUCUGUGUUUCCCUGAUGCCAUUAAGGCCCGCGGGGUGGACAGCCCUGAGGACCUACCCUACUACUACUACAGAGACGACGGGAACAGGGUCUGGGAUGUCACCAAGAGUUUUGUGUGGGACGUGGUGUGUAUCUACUACGACAGUGAUGACACAGUACAGAAGGAUGAGGAGAUCCAGGCAUUUGUUAAAGAUGUCUGCAGCUUUGGGAUGCAGGACCUUGACUGCUGUGGGUUUCCCAAGUCCCUGAAGACACGCGAGGAGCUCACAGAGUAUCUGACUGUCAUCAUCUUCACUGCCUCUGCACAUCACGCUGCUGUCAACUUUGGACAGUAUGACUGGUGCUCGUGGAUCCCCAAUGCACCCCCCACCAUGCGUAAGCCCCCUCCCAGACAGAAGGGGGUGGUAGAUGUGAAGUUUAUCAUCCAGAGUCUCCCUGACCGUGGCCGGUCCUGCUGGCACCUAGGGGCCGUCUGGGCCCUCAGUCAGUUCCAGGAGAACGAGCUCUUCCUGGGGAUGUACCCAGAUGAGCACUUCAUAGAGAAGCCGGUGAAGGAGGCCAUGGAGUCGUUCAGGAAGAGACUGGCAGAGGUCAGCAGUGUCAUCAAAAUUCGCAACGAAGGCAAGAAACUACCCUACUACUACUUCUCUCCCGACCGCAUCCCUAACAGUGUGGCUGUCUGAGAAAGGAAUGAAGGGGAGAGAGCAAGGAAGGGAACAAGGAGGAGGGAUAGCUAUAUAGUCAGAUAUACACUGAGUGUACAAAACAUUAGGAACACCUGCUCUUUCCAUGACAAGCUUACCAGGUGAAAGCUAUGAUUCCUUAUUGAUGUCACUUGUUAAAUCCACUUCAAUCAGUAUAGAUGAAGGGAAGGAGAUGGAUUAAAGAAGGAUUUUUAAGCCUUGAGACAAUUGAGGCAUGGAUUGUGUAUGUGUGCCAUUCAGAGGGUAAAUGGGCAAGACAAAAUAUUUAAGUGCCUUUGAACAGUGUGUGGUAGUGGGUGCCAGGCGCACUGGUUGUGUCAAGAACUGCAACUCUGCUGAGUUUGUCACACUCAACAGUUUCCCGUGUGUAUCAAGAAUAAUCCACCACCCAAAGGACAUCCAGCCAACUUGACACAACUGUGGGAAGCAUUGGAGUCAACAUGGGCCAGCAUCGCUGCGGAAAGCUUUCGACCCCUUGUAGAAUCCCAACCUGGUCUCAGAGCAUUUCAUAUUAUUCUGUAUGUAAACUCAAGACACUCCAUUUAGAAUGAUAUGUUUGGUAUGGUUACAUUAGAAAGAUGGUUACUUAAGUAUUUUUUUAUUUAACUAGGCAAGUCAGUUAAGAACAAAUUCUUAUUUAGUCAAAAAUGAAAGUAGGGUGGAUGGGUGGGCAUGUAACACAAAUGUCUAGCAACCCAAAGGUUGCGGGUUCGAAUCUCACAACUUUAGCAUUUUAGCAACUUUGCAACUACUUAGCAUGUUAGCUAAACCUUCCCCUAAACUUAACCCUUUUAGAUACCCUCCCCCUAACCCUUUAACCAAACUCCUAAACUUAACCCCUAGCCUAGCUAACGUUAGCAACAUAUACGUUUUUCAAAUAUGAAACAUAUUGUACCUUUUUGCAAAUUCAUAACAUAUUGUAUGUUUGAAUUUUUUUUGGAACAUUGUACUUUUUGCAAAUUCGUAACACAUAAUACAAAUUAUAAUUCAUAACAUAUCAUAAAAAAAUGGGACAUCCACAAAUUAAUACAUACCAUACGAAAUGGAGUGUCUUGGAUUUACAUACAGAAUAAUACAAAAUGCUCUAAAACCAGAUUGAGAGCCCACGCCCCGACGAAUUGAUGCUGUUCUGAGGGCAGAAGGGGGUGCAACUCAAUAUUAGGAAGGUGUUCCUAAUGUUUGUAUACUCAGUGUAUUGCAAACAUUUAUGGUGUUGUUUCUUACAUACUGUGCUGUAAGUAUCGUUUGCUAUGAUAAGCACAUACCCACUGAUGCCAUUCAACUUUUUUGCUAGCUAUUUCUACAGAUAAAUCCACAUUAUUUCAAUGUGGGACUAUCUAUUAAACUUCAUUGGUGUACAUUUCAAAUGUCAAAUAAAAAUGCUCAAAAUUG